AUGGAUAGGGGGAUAUAUUCAACACCACCACUAUUCACAACACUAUUAUUGCUGUUGUUUUGCGUCAUACAGCAGGUAUCAUCGAUCGUUUAUCCUUAUAUACUAAACUUUACUAUACUUCAAAGUGAAGAACCAUCGAUUAGAUAUAUACAACAAAACUAUGGACUUGUUUGGCAAUUGAACGGGUUGGAACUUAAUGUCACCAUUCGGAAUAGUUUAGAGUCUGUAGUGAUGUCUUUGGAUGGACAUUUGUUAGAGUUAACAACAAGUAAUAUCGGUUUAUUAUUUAUAGAGAAUGGGAUACCUGAUCCAAACUUUGAAUACCUUGACCUUCCAUUCUUGGAAACUCUAAGAUUGCGUACAAUGCCUAGAGACGGAUCGAAAAACAUAUUAGAGAUGACUAGAGGACUACCAUCACUGAAAAGACUACAACUAGAUUUUCAUGUUAUCGAUUAUUUCCCACCAGACUUUCCCUACACCAAAACAAUUGAAGAGUUUGAUAUUACUACCUCAUUUUCAUGGACUCAUCUAAAGAAUUUAAAUUCUAUUUAUUUCCCAUCAAUAAUAGUCUUGGGAUUACCUACAAGGGUCAAGGAGCCUCUUCCAGAUGGAUCAACAGAGGGCAUUGUCGGGGUGAUAAUCGCACAAAGUAUCCCCGUUGCCAACUUGAGAUAUUGGCAAAGAUUACCAGAUUCGUUGUGCAGUGCUCUUGCUUUUGCUGUCACUUACCCACCUGUAUUCAAAAAAAUCAUGUUUAACACCUAUGUGUCUGAAUGUUUUAAAUGUUAUAAUCAUCAAUUUACAAACUUGGUCUUUGAUUUGGACCAAAAAUAUCCAAUGGAUUGUAAUGUAACAGUAUCAUCAGUAAGGUAUAUGGGAACUAAAACAAGGAUUGAAGGUAAUAAUCUUUUAAAUUCACUGAUUGAAAGAGAUUAUUAUGGUAUCCCAUUACCACUUGUUACACCUGGUGGUGAGAUGAUCGCAACUGUCCCCAACAAGGUUUUAGAGUAUGAUAGAAACCAUCCAUCUCUUAUGGAAGAGAAUGUAGUCAUUGGAAACAACACUAUAACCAAUUUUAUAGCAACUUUUAAAAUAUCAUUUACCACUAUCAAUAUUGAUGGAGGUAUGAUAUCUUCUCAACUGCCAUACGGUCUAUACAUACGUGUACCAUUAAACUACAAUCAUUUUAUAGAUCAUAAAAUUCUUGUUAGUGGAACUCCAUGCAUUAAAAGUACAAUCUUGUACACUAACGAUAAAACCUUACAAUGUUUUGCACCCCUCCUCAUCACUCAAUCACAUCAAUACCUUACAUUCCAAAUAUCAAAUAUCAGAAACAAUGCAAUUACCUAUUACAAUUUAACAAGAUCAUACCCAAAUAUUAUAAAUACAAUUGAAAUUAAUAUGGAUGAUAUAUUGGAUACUAAUUAUCAAAAUUCAAGCAUGAUUACAUUAAAUGGAAUAUUUAGUCAUGAUAAAGAUGAAUUACCAACAAAAUCGAUUGUAUUAAUUAAUGAUCAAGAAUGUUUGGUACAAUCAAUUAAUUUCACAACCUUAUCAUGUACUAUUAAUUUAAAGAAUAUUCUAUACAACAACAAUAAUAAUUAUCAUCUUAAACAAUUAGAUUUAUUUGUUGAAAUUGAAGGACAUUCAUUUUCAUCAUCCAACAUUAUUUCUAUCAUUCCUCCAAGUAAUAAUAGUAGUAGUAAUAAUAAUAAUAGCAGUACUAAUAAUUCAUCGAGUCAAGAAAAAGAAAAAGACAAUACCAAACAAAUGAUUUUAUAUAUAAUGGUAUCAAUCAUUGGUGCUGUUGUUUUGGUAUCAGUAAUUGUAGUUUCAAUUCGUAAAAUACAAUCAAAUCAAUUAAAAAAUAAUAACAAAAAUAACACUGGUCAUGCUUUGAAAUUGAUUUAA